AGUUGUUAUUUUUGUGGCACCACUUUCUGUGCUGAACUGGGGGCAGAUGUGGUUUAUAUUUAGCCCCUGGCCGGCUCUCGGGUGAUCCUGGUGUCAGGAGUUCCUGACUAAGUGGAUUUUUGGCUGGGAGCUCCUCAUGUCCAUGUCAGAGGGUCGCUCUUAGAAAUUCCCCCUUGCGGGAGCCGAGGGAGGAAAUGAAAAAUCUCUGCAGGCUUUCUGUGGAACUCCUUAGAGUUGGGGGUUAGAAACCAAGGGUUUAACCAGUCUAUUUUCCUCCCUGUGUCCCUGUGCAGGACUGGAGCUAUGGGGUCGGAAAACCCCAGCCCGCAGAACCCUGGCUGUAAGAUCAUGACCUUCCGGCCCUCGCUGGAGGAGUUCCGUGACUUUGGGAGGUUCAUCGCCUUCAUGGAGUCCCAGGGAGCCCACAGGGCAGGCCUGGCCAAGGUGAUCCCCCCCAAGGAGUGGAAGCCACGGCGCACCUACGAUGACAUCGAUGACAUGGUGAUCCCAGCCCCCAUCCAGCAGGUGGUCACGGGCCAGUCAGGGCUCUUCACCCAGUACAACAUCCAGAAGAAGCCCAUGACCGUGGGCGAGUACCGGCGCCUGGCCAACAGCGAGAAGUACUGCACCCCUCGGCACCAGGAUUUUGAGGACCUGGAGCGCAAGUACUGGAAGAAUCUCACCUUUGUGUCCCCCAUCUAUGGGGCUGACAUCAGUGGCUCCCUGUAUGAUGCAGACGUGGAUGAGUGGAACAUUGGCAACCUGAACACCCUCCUGGACAUGGUGGAGCACGAGUGUGGCAUCAUCAUCGAGGGGGUGAACACUCCCUACCUCUACUUUGGCAUGUGGAAGACAACUUUUGCUUGGCACACAGAGGACAUGGAUCUCUACAGCAUCAACUACUUGCAUUUUGGGGAGCCCAAGUCCUGGUACGCCAUUCCUCCAGAGCACGGCAAGAGGCUGGAACGCCUGGCGAAAGGAUUCUUCCCAGGAAGCUCUCAGGGAUGUGAUGCUUUCCUCCGUCACAAGAUGACCCUCAUUUCUCCCUCCAUCCUGAAGAAAUAUGGGAUUCCCUUUGACAGGAUCACCCAGGAAGCCGGGGAGUUCAUGAUCACAUUCCCCUAUGGGUACCACGCCGGCUUCAACCACGGCUUCAACUGCGCCGAGUCCACCAACUUCGCCACCCUGCGCUGGAUCGACUACGGCAAGAUGGCAACGCAGUGCACGUGCCGCAAGGACAUGGUGAAGAUCUCCAUGGACGUGUUUGUCAGGGUGCUGCAGCCAGAACGCUACGAGCUCUGGAAGCAGGGCAAGGACAGUGCUGUGCUGGACCACAUGAAGCCCACGGCCCUGAGCAGCCCCGAGCUGGAUGCCUGGAACGAGACCAAGGCAGAGCUGAAGGCAAAGCUGCUCCGCAGGUCUCACAGAAAAAGGAGUCAACCCAGAAGACACAAAACAGAGGAUCAGAAAUCUCUUGGGGAUGUCAUGGCUAUUGAAACUGCCUUGGAAGAUGUGAAAGUAAAAGAGGAGCUGAAAAGGGGUCCAGAUGUGGAGGAAGAGGAGAGAAGCAAAGGGAUGGAGGGAGAAGGGGAGUGCAAGGCCAAGGCGCGGCCCCCGAAGGCCAAGGGUGAGCGCAAGAAGAAGCAGCUGUUCCCCCCUCAGCCCCCAGGGCCUGUCCCAGGGCCCAUCCCGGCCCCCCAGCCGCCCCCCGAGGCCGGGCCAGGCCCAGCACGGCCCCCAGGACCCUCCCCAGCCCCGGGCCCAGAGCAGGCCCGGCCCGCGGCCCCUCUGAACGUGGUGCAGCCAUCGGAGGCGCCGGCCGAGGAGGACGACUUCAGGCCGCGGCCCAUCAUCCCCAUGCUGUACGUGGUGCCCCGCAGCAAGAAGGUGGUGUUUGACAAGGAGCACAUGUCCUGCCAGCAGGCCUUCGAGCAGUUCGCCACGCAGAAGGGGCUGGGCUGGCGCCAGCAGGGCCCUGGCAAGGAGCAGGAUGGCGCCGAGGCCGAGCGCGCCGAGAUCGCCGCCGAGGCUGCUUCUGCCUUCUCCAAGAUGAAGAUGGAGAUCAAGAAGAGCCGCCGGCACCCGCUGGGCAAGCCCCCGACGCGCUCGCCGCUGUCCGUGGUCAAACAGGAGACCUCGAGUGACGAGGAAAUGUUUCCAUUUUCUGGAGAGGAAGAUAUGAGUGAUCCAGAGGCUUUGAAAUCUUUACUUUCCUUCCAGUGGAAGAACAAAGCACUUAAUUUCCCAGCUGAAAGGAAGUUCAAUGCAGCUGCUGCCCUGAGUGAGCCAUACUGUGCUGUCUGCACCCUCUUCUACCCCUAUAACCAGUCCUCACAGGUGGAGAAGGAAGCUGCCCCAGCCUCCACAGGGGAGCCGUCCUCGUUCGUGCACCUUUCCAAGUGUGGGCAGAAGACCAAGCCCCUGAUCCCAGAGAUGUGCUUUACCUCAAGUGGAGAAAACACCGAGCCCCUUCCUUCAAAUUCCUACAUUGGAGAGGAUGGAACCAGUCCCUUGAUAUCCUGUGCCAAAUGCUGCCUGCAGGUUCAUGCUAGCUGUUACGGGAUACGCCCGGAGCUGGUGAACGAGGGCUGGUCCUGCUCGCGGUGCUCGGCCGGCGCCUGGGCAGCGGAAUGUUGCCUGUGCAAUCUCAGGGGAGGAGCUCUCCAGAUGACCACUGAUGGCCGGUGGGUCCAUGUGAUCUGUGCCAUCGCUGUCCCCGAGGCGCGUUUCCUCAAUGUCAUCGAGCGUCAUCCUGUGGACAUCAGCGCCAUCCCCGAGCAGAGGUGGAAGCUGAGGUGCGUGUACUGCAGGAAGAGGAUGAAGAAGGUGUCUGGGGCCUGCGUGCAAUGCUCCUACGAGCACUGCUCCACGUCCUUCCACGUGACGUGCGCGCACGCGGCCGGCGUGCCCAUGGAGCCCGACGACUGGCCCUACGUGGUGUCCAUCACCUGCUUCAAGCACAAAGCAGCAAACCAGAACGUCCCGUUCCGCAGGGAGGUGGCCCUGGGGCAGACAGUGAUCACCAAGAACAGGAACGGGCUCUACUAUCGCUGCAGGGUCAUCGGCACCAGCACCCAGACCUUCUACGAGGUCAACUUCGACGACGGCUCCUACAGCGACAACGUUUACCCCGAGAGCAUCAUUAGCAGGGACUGCAUCCAGAUGGGGCCCCCUCCCGAGGGGGAGCUGGUGCAGCUGCAGUGGACGGAUGGGAUCAUCUACAAGGCCAAGUUCAUUGCAGCCCAGAUCAGUCAGAUUUACCAGGUGGAGUUUGAGGAUGGCUCUCAGCUAAUGGUGAAGCGUGGGGAUAUUUAUACCUUGGAGGAAGAGCUUCCCAAGAGAGUCAAGUCUCGCCUGUCCCUCAGCACCGGGGCCCCUCAGGAAGAUGUGUUUUCAGGAGAUGAAGUGAGAGCAGCCAAGCGUCCCCGGCUGGGGAAUGCCAGGAAUCCUGAGGAAUAUGGACAAACCCCAGAUUACCUGGCCUUCAUGGAGAGCCUGUUGCAGACACAGUACCAGCCUGGGACUCAGAGCAACAUGUUUUAACCGGGAUUCAUCCAGAAUAUUCAGUUAACCCUUUUUGAGUUAGUGGAAAAAAAAAUAAAUAGGAAACUGUGGCGUGGAAGACCAGCCCUGUGCAAUAGCCUGCUGUGAAUUUCUUUCAUCUCCUCUUGGUUUGGACUGCAGGAAAUCCCUGUCUGGCUGCUACCUCGACCUUGCCAGGAGUUGCUGACCAAGAGCUGGGGAGCUUGGAAACCCUUCAGCUUUUCACAUGGAAACUUUGGAAGAGUUUCUACAGAUGGAGCUUUGUGACUGGUUCUUUUUUUUAUGAGGAAAGGGUUAAAAUUUAACAAAAUGACUUUUUCAGAUCUGUCAAACUUUUGUCUUUCAAGGUGCUAUUACAUUGACUACUGAAGCAGCCUUUGGAAUCGUGUUUUCUGUACAUAGACGUCACCUUUGUGAAGUUUUCUAUGAAUGAGCAUUAUUAAAAAAAAAAAGCAAGCAAAAAUAGGAAAAUGAAAGUUUCCACAAAACAUUUUUCUAGAUUAUGGCUUUAAAACAGAAAAUAAAUUAAAUCCUCCCCCCUCACCCCCAGAUGAAUUGUGACUGAUGUUACAGCGGGGAGAGGGAGAGCAAGAGCAGAUGUCCUGGAAUGUUCUGGGUUCUUCUUUUGUAAAGAAACACUAUCUCUGUGAGCUGGGGAAGGUGGGGAAGCAGUGUUCACGCUGGGGUGUUUGUGCCAUGGGCUCUCUGCACGCCCUGGCAUGGAUGUUGGCAUCGCUGCCACGUCCCCAGGGAGGGGCUUAGGGAAGAAGUGGCCAGGUUUGGGUCAUGCCUCUUGCCUUCCUUCCCCAUCUUUGCCAUCACAGUUGCUUUCUAGUUCAGGAUCAGCAUGGCUUUGAGUUCCAGUGUGCCACCCUGGUUUGGCAAGUGUUCUGUUGCUGCUUGUGUUAGCUCCCCACGAGCCAGAGGCUCCCUGGCAGCACUUCUCCCUUAGCACUUCUCCUUUCUCUUUCCUUUGUCUCUUUAUUUUUUAAUUUUAUUUUAUUUUUUUUUUUUGAGUUGUGCUCCUUACAGUGUGAGAAUCAUUCCAUGACAGAAGCUUGGGAGGUGUUUGUAUGUUUUUCUUUUAUCCUAUUAAAGAAGAAAUUCCUCAAA